CUGGAGUUAGGGUUAACGUGGCCAUUCAGUUGAACAGCAACGAAACAAAAAAAGACACGACAAAAGUCAUAACAAACUUUUCUCUAAUUGCAUAGCAUGUGGUACGCAUAAUUGGCCAAUCUUCUAUUCGAUAUCGCCGGUAAAAUGCAGUGGUUAAGUUUCUCAACAAUGAGCUGGACUCUGGCAAUAGUUUUCGUGUACGGUGAUGAGUGCAUACCCCGUAAAUUUUCGGAGGAGAGCAUAGUCUGCGUAUGUAAUGCAACCUAUUGUGAUUCUGUUAAAAUCAAAGUACCCAAAAAAGGGUCCUUUCGCAGAUACACAUCGACACUAUCUGGCGAAAGAUUGCACAGCCGGGAUGGUGUCUUCAAUACUCCGUUGAAGAGUAGGGUAACUCUUCUGUUGAAUCCAAAGAAAAAGUAUCAGACAAUACAUGGCUUUGGUGGGGCAUUCACGGAUUCGGCGGGCUUGAAUAUCAAUACUUUGAGUAAACCAACUCAACAGAAAUUAAUGCAAACGUACUUUGGACCUGACGGUAGUCGAUACAACAUUGGUCGAUUACCUAUUGGAGGUUCGGAUUUCUCCACGCGGGGUUACACCUUGGACGAUGUGCCCGGUGAUACGAAACUCUCAAAUUUCUCACUUGCACCAGAGGACAAGUUAUACAAAAUACCCUAUAUGAGAACAGCAUUAGCAUUGAAUCCACAAAUAAAAUUUGUCGCUGCACCAUGGACAGCCCCACCCUGGAUGAAGACAAAUAAUCAGUAUAUUGGACAACAUAGCCACUUAAAACCAGAGUAUUACCAGACGUAUGCCAACUACUUGAUAAAAUUCUUAGAAAGCUAUAAGAAGUUGGGACUUCCAAUGUGGGCUAUGAGUCUCGGUAAUGAGCCAAUAAAUUCUUAUAUGCCAUUUGUAACUAUAAAUGAUCUGGCAUGGACUCCUCAAAACCAAGCAAGAUGGCUGGUGAAUAAUCUGGUACCGGCCCUUAAUCAAUCAACAUCUCGUGAGACUCAUCUUCUUGGUCUUGAUGAUGAACGGAUAGUGCUACCUUGGUGGUUAGACGAGAUGUAUCGAACCGCUGAUGUUGGAAAACAUUUCAUUGGAUUUGGUGUUCACUGGUAUACAAAUUCAUUAACGCCUGUGACCCUUCUUGAUAUUGUUCAUCGCAAAUAUCCAGAUAAAUUCAUUAUCUGUACUGAAUCAUCCUAUAUACCUUUUCCAUGGGAUGACGUACCUGUCAGGCUGGGAAGUUGGCAGCGAGCAGAACUUUACAUUCGUAAUAUCAUCGAGGAUAUGAAUCACUGGGUGUCAGGCUGGGUAGAUUGGAAUUUGGCGCUGGAUAAAUCGGGUGGCCCAAGUUGGAUACCCAAUCCUGUCGAUUCGGCCAUAAUCGUCAAUCCGGAGACAGAUGAGUUUUUCAAACAGCCUAUAUUCUACACAAUGGCUCAUUUCAGCAAAUUUAUACCAGUUGGAUCAGAGAGAAUAGGACUGAGUUCGCAUUGUGAAAUCAAAUCGGUGGCGUUUUUAACGCCUAAUAAUGAAACUGUCAUUGUUCUCUACAAUCAAGCGAAUAAAAAUAAAACCGUCAGCAUCAUCGAUCCCGAACAUGGAGACGUGAACAUUGAGAUGACUCCAAGAUCGAUGGAAACUAUUAUUUACCAACGAUAAUUAAAUUGCACAAUAAAUUAGAUGAGGGAUUCAUUUCUCCAGUAUUAGCUUGACUUUCACAACAGACAAAAUUGAUGCGAUAAUGAGUAACAGGAGAAGCGCAAACGACACACAAUAAGCAAGUGAUAUUGAAAUACGCGGCAAAGCAAAAGGUUCCACAAUAGCAAAUUUUGCUUUUUUCUCCUCAAUAUAUGUCUCUAAGAAUCUAUAUUUGAUAAAGAAGUACACAGAAAAUAGUUCAAUCAUUAUUUACUUGCUUUUGAAAAAUGACAUUUCCACAUGUUCUGAAAAGGACUGCGAAGUCAGCUUACUAAGUUAGGAAAUAUUCGUGGGACGCCAUCUGGGAGUUAGGUCAACUCCAAGAAUCUAGAAAAAUAUUCUGCACAUGUACUUCUCUCUAAAAUAUGAGAAUAGACGGGCUGAGUCGUAAUAUAUUUCUUAUAAGCAUUUUUUGUACCAGACUGCAAAAUACAAUAAUAAAAAUCCUACGAUCACCA